CAGAGUAAAAUGCUGCUCCAGCGUGAGCUUCUGAGUCAGUAUCAACAAUCUGCAACGGGUUAUCCUUGUCCUCCACACAGAGGCAGGCCGAGCGUGAGGAGAAGCACCGCAGACGGAGGCCGAGUUGCUGUGACGAACGCGAUAGUUGUCCUGAACCAGAUUGGACUCACACAGGAGAAAAUGAGUCGAGAUAUGGCGUGGAACAACAGUCAAGAAGUCUCCUUUUCCGAAGAUGUUUUCCAAAGAGGUUCAGGAGCAGUGGCCACCGUUUCAGGAGCAGUGGCCUCCGGUUCAGAAGCAGUGGCCACCGGUUCAGAACAAAUCGAUUUGAACCACAGAGAAACAUCCCGGCCGACACUGUUUGAAAGAUACAGCCAGAGCCUUCGGACCCUCAGACCCAUCCGCUGGUCUUCUUCUCAGUCCCACCCUCUGGACCGAGCAGGUUUCCUGUCCUUUGCAACCUUUUCCUGGAUGACCCCCACGAUGUGGGGCUUGUUCAAGAAUAGGCUGGACCCAAGCUCUCUCAAACUGUCUACUUUUGAUGAUUCUGACCGCAGCAGAGAAAGACUCAACAGACUCUGGGGGGAAGAGGUGGCAAGGGUGGGCCUGAAGAUGGCCUCUGUGGUGCGGGUUAUCUUUCGAUUUCAAAGAACCAGGCUGAUUCUGUCAGUCUUUAUUGGCAUCCUUGUCAUGGCAGCAAUGUUUCUGGGCCCGGCUGUUGUGGUUCAUGAGAUCCUGAAAUAUACCGAGGACUCAGAGAAGUCCACAGUAUUAUACGGUGUGGGUCUGUCCUUCGCUCUGUUCGCCUCAGAGUUCUCCAAAGGCUUCCUGAUCUCCUUGUUGUGGGCGGUGAACCUGCGCACUGCAGUCCGGCUGAAGGGAGCCUACUCUCUGUUGGCCUUUCAAAAAGUCAUCUCCCUGCGGGGUCACAGCAGCAUUUCAACGGGAGAGAUGAUUGAUGUUUUGACCAACAACGGCCACAAGUUAUUUGAGGCCAUAGUGUUAGGGAGCUUCAUCCUGUCCAACCCAGUGCUCUUUGUUGUGUGUGCCGUCUAUUCUUGCUACGUCCUGAGCUACACCGCACUGGCUGGAGUCUGCAUCUACAUCAUCUUCAUCCUGGUGCAGAUGUUUAUUGGCAGGCUCACAAACAAAUUCAGGGACGAAAAGGUAUUGAUUGAAAGCAGCCGUGUUCAGACAAUGAAUGAAAUUCUUAAAAGCAUAAAACUCAUCAAGAUGUACGCCUGGGAAGAUUCCUUUGAAGAGAAGAUCGCAGGCUUCCGGAAAAAUGAGAAGAAAAAACUGCAGACUCUCCUUUUUAUCCAAAACGCCAAUUCCAGUCUCACGAGCAUCAUCCCCAUCAUCGCCACCGUUGUCACCUUCAUUGUACACACUUCGUUGGGCUUCAAGCUCAACAUGGCUGAUGCCUUCACCACCGUCGCCAUCUUCAACUCCAUGAGGUUCUCCCUGGCUCUGAUGCCGUUGUCUGUGAGGCAUGUGGCCGAUGCUAAUGUUGCAAUAAGCCGACUGAGGAAAAUAAUGCUGAUCCAGAAUCCAGAGCCCUACCUGAUCCGGCGCAGUGGCACUGACUCAGCCGUUGUGAUGGAAAAUGCUACACUUUCCUGGAAUAAACCCGUCAACCUGCCAGACUCCCCAACCAUCACAGAUGAUGGGGAGACGUCCCAGGAUGGGAGGACAGAUACUCUGCCAACCUUGAGAAACAUUUCCUUCACACUACCCAAGGGCAAGCUGCUUGGCAUCUGUGGUAACGUUGGGAGUGGAAAGACAUCACUGAUUUCCGGCAUUUUGGAACAGAUGCACCGUCUGCAUGGCUCAGUCACAGCGGAUGGGACUUUUGCCUACGUUUCCCAGCAGGCCUGGAUAUUUCAUGGGACUGUUCUAGAGAACGUCACAAUGGGAAAACCUCUUGACGAAUCAAAAUACAACAGAGUUGUGGAUGUCUGCGGCCUCAAAGCUGAUCUGACUAUCCUCCCUCAUGGUGAUCAAACUGAGAUUGGAGAGCGGGGACUGAAUUUGUCAGGGGGGCAGAAGCAGAGGAUCAGUCUGGCCAGAGCGGUCUAUUCCAAUAAUGACAUCUUCCUCCUUGAUGAUCCACUCUCUGCGGUCGAUGCCCAUGUGGGGAAACACAUCUUUGAGAAAUGCAUUAAGCAGGAGCUCCAGGGAAAAUCCAUCAUACUGGUUACACACCAGCUCCAGUACCUGGAAUACUGUGACAACAUUAUGCUUUUGGAUGAUGGCGCAGUGCUUGAGGCUGGGAACCACCACACCCUAAUGAGAGCCAAUAAAGCCUAUGCUAAGCUCCUGAGCAGCUACCAAAUGGGAGAGACUGAGACUCCCAGUGAGGUGGAAGGGUCUCCCCAAGGCGCUGCCCGGGUGAUGGACAUAGAACCAACUGACCAGGCCAACAGUGGGUUAGUGAACUACGCAUUUGAUACUGUGGGCGAAAAUGAUAUACUGACAACUGGACCAAGAGCUCCGGUUGGUGAUCAGCUGGUCAGUAAGGAGGUUACCACAGAAGGCGCCGUCUCCUGGAGAAUCUACCUGCAAUACUGCAAGGCAGCUGGAGGCUAUGUAGUAAGCUUCCUCACUCUCCUGAGCAUCGUCCUGAUGAUUGGAUCCACGGCUUUGACCAAUUGGUGGCUGAGCUUCUGGCUGGGGCAGGGUGACGGGUCACCCAAUAAGACCUCAUCAAACCAAGGCGACAUCUCAGAAAACCCAGACCUGUCAUUCUACCAAAUUAUUUAUGGCGUGAUGUUGGCUGUCAUUGUGGGACUUGCCAUCAUCAAAGGUUUCUCCUACACUUGGGUGACCCUGAAUGCGUCCUGCAAACUCCAUGACACCAUGUUCAAAAAGAUUUUUGCCAGUCCCAUGAGGUUCUUCGACACAACACCAACAGGCCGCAUUAUCAAUCGCUUCUCCAAAGAUCAAGAUGAGGUGGACUCUUUGCUUCCCCUCUACAUGGAUCCUUUCUUGCAGUAUUCUUUCAUGGUGUUGUUCACUGUUGCCACCAUCUCGGGAGUCUUCCCCCCGAUGAUUGCAGCUGUGGCUGUCAUUGGAGCUGUGUUCACUCUCAUUCUCUUCUUCUCCCAGAGGAGCAUCCGUAAGAUGAAGAGGAUGGAGAACGUCAGUCGUUCUCCCUGCGUCUCUCUCUCCACUGCCACCCUGGAGGGCCUCAGCACCAUCCACGCCUACAACAUAAGAGACAGUGAAAUAAAACGGUUCAUGUCACUGAGUGACAUAAACUCCAACCACUAUUUAAUGUUUCACUGUGCAACACGUUGGCUCUCCUUCUGCCUGGACUCCAUGUCUGCAUGCAUGACCUUGGUGGUGGCUCUGUUUGUAGUGAUCAGCAGUAAUGAGAGCAUCAGCCCGUCUUUGAAAGGCUUGGCCUUGUCAUACACCAUCCAGCUGACAGGCCUGCUUCAGUAUACAGUGAGGCAAGCAACAGAGGUGGAGGCGAGAUUCAACUGUGUAGAGCGGCUGCAGGAAUACAUCACGGGUUGUAAGUCUGAGGGCCCAAGGCAUAUAGAAGAGGCCAAAGUCCCAGCGGAUUGGCCGACGAGCGGAACCAUCACCUUCAGAGACUAUGAGAUGAGGUACCGAGAAAAUGCACCUAUUGUCCUGAAAGGACUCGAUUUCGCCAUCCGAGGUGGGGAGAAGCUGGGUAUUGUGGGAAGGACUGGCUCUGGGAAGUCCUCUCUAGGCGUUGCUCUUUUCAGGCUGGUGGAGCCGGCAGCAGGAACCAUUCUGAUUGACGGCAUUGACAUAACAACCAUUGGUCUGCAGGAUCUGCGCAGCAAGUUAUCCAUCAUCCCCCAGGACCCUAUGCUAUUCAUAGGCACAGUAAGGUACAACUUGGACCCCUUUAAUAACUUCAAUGAUGAGGCCAUCUGGAUAGCGCUGGAGAAGACCUACAUGAAGGACUUGAUCUCCAGACUGGAAGGAAAUCUCUUAGCAGCAGUAACGGAGAAUGGAGAGAACUUCUCUGUAGGAGAGAGACAACUCAUAUGUAUGGCUAGAGCGCUACUUCGCAACUCCAAGGUGGAUCUCGCGGAGGAUUCCGGGACGGCUGAGGCCUUAUCCCCGGCUCUUCACCGCGGGACCCAGGCGCUCGUUUCCGGCUUCCUCCACCCCGGACGAGACGCCGCUCUCGCGGUCUUCCAGCUAAGAGGAGGUGGACGUGGUGCCUCCACGCGGAGGCAGCGGAGGCUGACGUCGAGGCGCUUCAUUCCCCCGCUGCCGCCCAGGAACUGCUGGAGGUUCUUACCUGUGCCGCUGACAGACUUCACAUCAGCUGGCCGGCGGAUAGGCAGCAGCCUACUACAACAGAUCAUUAUUUUGGAUGAGGCGACAGCAUCCAUUGAUGCACAGACUGACGCCUGCAUCCAGAAGACCAUCAAUAAAGCCUUUCAGGACUGCACCAUGCUCACCAUCGCUCAUCGUAUCAACACAGUGAUCCAUUCCGAUCGUAUCCUGGUCAUGGAAAAUGGCAAGGUGGCAGAGUUUGACAAACCAGAAGUUUUGAGGCAAAGACCAGACUCUAGGUUCACCUCACUCCUCGCUGCUGCUAACACUGUGAACACCUGAACCAAGAAACCCUGUGGCACCACUCCAAAAAACUAAAUGAUGUUUAACUAUACAACCAAAUCUUAAUAAUCCUGUCAGUGUAAUCCGGACUAGUUUGAUUCUAUCCGGUGUGACUGAGAAGGCACAUUUUAUGACAUGUUUCACGCCGUGGGGGUGCGAGGGCAAGGAAGGAGGACUCAGGUGCGGAGUUGAGCACAAAAAAAGACUUUAAUAGUCAAGAUUAAAAAAACUAAACUCAGAAUCCAAAGCAAACUCAAAAUCACUCCACAAAAGAAAGACGAGAAGGGGGAGGAAAAAAAGAAAGACGAGGCAGGGACUUGAUUAAACAACAACAUAUACUAUGACAACCUGGAACAUGCAACGUGUAACAUGUAAUGAAGCAACAAGAGACUCACAGGGCUUAAAUACAUAAGGGAGGCGCAGCUGAUUGGACAAAGGUGGAAACAAUCAGACACAGCAGACAAUCACAGGGGAAGACAGGAAAAGGCAGGACACCAAAUCGUGACAACAUAUAUCUAUCUUUACUCUGCUGAAACAAAUGCAUUGACAUUUAAAAAAAAUAUUUUUUACAGGAGCAGAUUUGAAUGUAUACUUAAAAUAUAUUGCAUAAUAUGUUAUUUAUUUUUUCUUUGACUUUUCUGUCAAAGUGGGAAUUUUUCAAUCUGCUCUACUAAUAUAAAAGGUGUUUUUUAUGUUUAUGUUUUUUUUGGUCUAAUGUAUGAACACGGUGGCUACCGGCACAACACUUAAUAGUUAAUUAAAAUGUUUUCUUUCUGUCCAAUAAGUGUUUUUGUGUCAUUGCUUAUACAAGGCUGCUUGCUUUGCAUUAUCUGGUAUCUCUUUAUCUAGGCAAACUGACCUGACACCCACUAUUCUCUUAGGGUAAGCGAUAAUGUGU